AUGUCGGUUCGGUGCUUGAUUAGCGAGCAGAAGCUUGAUUUCAUUCGGGAAGUUGUAAAUAGAAGGGACCCGAAGGAAGAUUACAAACUUCUGAGAAGCAUUGGUGUAGGAACAUAUGGCGAAGUGUAUAAAGGUGCGAACAUUCUGUUAUGCGACGAUGGUGCUGUGAAAAUUGCCGACUUUGGCGUUGCUGCUCAAAUUACACAGACUAUUCAGCGGCGUAACUCUUUUAUCGGCACCCCCUAUUGGAUGGCUCCCGAAGUGGCUGCUGUUGAUCGCAAGGGUGGUUACGAUGAGAAGUGCGACAUCUGGGCCGUCGGCAUCACGGCCAUUGAGUACGCUGAACUGCAGCCGCCCAUGUUUGACCUCAAUCCACUC